UGGCCUAAGGACUGUGGCAUGGCCCACUAUAAACCUAACAUGGCUGAACGGAUCGUCUCUGGAAACGAGGCCAGACCUCACUCCUGGCCAUGGCAGGUCUCCCUACAGGUAAUCAAUAAACCAAUCAAUCAAUUAACAUACUUAUCUACUUGGCAACUUCAGUAUGUCGAAUUUUCACUUAGUCAUGCAUUGAUGCCAAUGGGGGACUCAGUGAAAAUUUGAUUUGAAGGUCCCGCUCAGUCAAAAUCAUGUUUUCCAUCAAAUGUUAUGAUAUUUGGAUGAAACCAGAUCAAAUUAGGAUGACCAAAGUAUGAAAGAUUACUGUUGCUUGUGCAUUGAUCAAGUUUGAUAAUAAAGUUAUUGGCCCCCUCCCCCGUGUCAAACACUUGGGUUCAGGAGAAGGGCUCAGUAGGGUGCUCCAACUGGAGGUGUCAUAAAAAAAAACACCCAUCUCCCCAACAAUAAAAAAUAUUUUUGUACUGUAAAAAAAAAAAAAUUGCACACCCCUCCCCCCUCAUAGAAUUAACUCAAAAUAAUGUGGAUAUCGACUUUGCCAUUUCAGCAUGCUUUUAUGGCACAGUCGAUGCCACGCAGGGCUAUUGGCCAGAAGGUUGAGAGUUCGCCAACCACCACGAACAAGCUCACUCUCGCUGCCUGUUUCAUUACACUACGCUCAGAAAUGUCUGCAGACAAUGAUCAGCUAGGGGGAAAUCUUAUUUUCAACAUUUUGAUGCUAUAUUUAUAAUUAUAUAAAAUAUGUGCAACAGAUUUUCCACCAACAGCUUUCUGUACCGACUUCGGGCGCUUCAACAUCAUGGUUUGCGUUUUCAACGCCACAAUCAAAUAAACUAUCUCAAUCUCGACAAACCAUGUAGGCCUGCCUAUCCAGUAUCGAAGGCUUGGCAAUCUCUGAAUGUCAUUAAACGUUUUGGUGUUUAACAGAUGUCUCUUUCCAUUCAUCAAAUGGCCGCUGCACAGUUUGGAUGCUGGAAUUAUAUUUUGGACUAAUGUGCACAGGUAGCCUGCAGGAUUAAAACGUUGUGACUGGUUGCAUUUAUGCCACUCAUAAAAGGUAAUACAUUUUAAAAGUUAAAUGAUAAAAAUGUAGGCUAUAUUGAAGCGUUAGGUUCUAGGUGAACGUGGAAUAGCCACAUUAAUCGGAGAGGAGGCAGAGCAUGUGUUAAGCUUUCCUGAAUAACUGGGACUUCUGGGAGCAUACAGUGCAUUCGGAAAGUAUUCAGACUCCUUGACUUUUCCCACAUUUUGUUACGUUACGGCCUUCAUAAAGAAGUGGGAAGGUGGGAAUUCCCAGUUUUGACGUCGUAAAUACCAGUUGGAUGCAUUCACGUGCUAUGAACUCGUUGAAAAACGCAGAUUGGCUAAUGGCCAACAAGCUGCGUAAACCAUGAACUAAAUGGACAGCUAUCAUGCUUGUAAAUAAAUUAUAGUGUUCCAGAAAAAAACGUAUUGAUUGCUUUUGAUAAAUUAUGUUUUGUAGUUGCAUUUAGCUGCCGAAAAUGCUGUUAUCAUGGUCAUUUCCUACUAAGGUGACGUCAGAGGUCAUCAUGUGGGAGAAGUCGGAGCUCAGAGAUGAUAGAUGAGUUUCCCACUAGUAUUUACCAGCUGGAGAGGUGUUCAAGUGGAUUUUUCCCAGUCGUAUGUGGUAAAUACCACCUUCCCACUUGGUUAUGAACGCAGGGUUAUUCUCUUACCUAAUUUAAAUAAGUACCACCUUGUCAUCAACAUCGCAGAAGGUGUGUUUGCAGAGAAGCGUGGUUUACAUAGCUCGGUAGCUAGUCUACUGGUGCCAAAAUUUGACUGCAGCGUGUCAGCAAAUAUAAUUACAGGUUUCCCCUAUUCAUCUAAGGCAAAAAUACUUAUUGGUUUCCCCUUUCAUCUGUGUCUGGUGUUAGCUAGUUAGUGGCUUGCUAGGUCUUCAGUGACCAUGGAACAAAAGGGGGUGAAGAGUCGCUCAAAACUCAGAUGCAGUUGUCAUGUCAACACAUGAAGAAACAUGCUAAACGGAUUAUGUAUUAAAAAAAACUCUUGACAUCAUUGAUAGUCAUGGUUUAUUAACAUUGUCUGACAGUCUAUAUAUAUGUUAUGCAAUUUCAACUGAAAUUGUCCAAGAAGAACUAGAUAGCUUAAUAAAACAGUGCUGACAAUUCCAUUUGGGCUAGUUAGCUAAAAUAUACAGACAACAUUUUGUCUAUAUUGAUGCUGUUACAAUUACCAAACAGUUGGAUAAGCAAAUAAUUUGUGGAACUAUGAUGCGAUGUAUGACAGGAUCGGAUGUUGCAUGCAAUUUCAAUGUUGUUUGAGUUGUGUAGUGUUGAGAAAACAAUGCUGAGAUGCUGUGAUGACAAUGAAUCCGCUGACACUGUCCUCGAUUAUAAUUAUUUAUUACAUUGAAGAUUUCAGCGCCAAUUUACAGACCUCUGCAGACAUCUGGAGAACAACCAGCCCAUCCUAAUAUGUUGUUCUCCCCCUCCUUUGUCCCAACCAAGUGUAUAUAUAUCCUAUGUAACCUGAUAUGGGUGUUUUCCCCUACAGACCAAUCCCUGGACGCCACAUAACAGACUUCCUCUGUUUUAGGGUGCCCCUAUAGAAAUGCUCUCCAGAUGCUUCCUCAAGCUGAGUCAACAUCCUCUAAGACACUAUUUGCAACCGUCAGCAAAGUCAAAAAUGGUAAAGAUACUACAGUUGCUUUGUGUAUUAACAGCACAUUUGCUUGAGAUGAUCUCACUGCAACGCUGCUCACCACGUCCAUGUUGCUUUACAUAGGCGUUUCAAAGAACUGUCAGUCAAGAUGAGCUCCACACGCACUCAGCCUAUUGGCUCCCGGCCCACUCAGCCUGUAUUUUCAGACUUCCUAAUAGUUAGACAUGAGAGAAAAAGAACAUUUUCUCAAAUUCUGAGCAUUUCUAUUUGGAAAAAAACAUGAGUGAUGUUUUGGGAACUCAAAAGGCUAUUUUCCAUGGGAAUCAGGAUGACUGUGCGGGACCUUUAAAGUAACUGUCCAGUAAAAAUCUAACUUUUAAAAGUUCAUAUUAUGUUAACUCCCGUACCCAAAUAAUGUUGUUUACUCAUCCUACUUUUACACUUGUAUUUGUGGCCAAAGCAUAAACUGGAGAAAUAACACAUCAAAAACCCCACCUCAAACUUGUAUCUCAAACAGACCGUUUCAAAAAUGCUUGCUAUUUCCUCAUAGAACAUGAUGUCAUGUUGGCUCAUUGGCUGAGCUGGCCAAUCAGCAGUCUUCUCGCAUUAAGAUUUUUAAUGACUGGUAUACGCCAGUGGAGGCUCCUCAGAGGAGGAAGGGGAGGACCAUCCUCCUCAGUGAAUUUCAUAAAAAUAAAAGUUAUCCUUUUUAGAUAAAACUAUACUAAAUAUAUUCACGUCGCCAUAUAAUUGAUUAAAACACACUGUUUUGCAAUGAAGGUCUACAGUCUCCUCAACAGCACUCUCUGGGGUAACACCAUGGUGUAGCCAGAGGACAGCUAGUUUCCGUCCUCCUCUGGGUACAUUGACUUCAAUACAAAACCUAGGAGGCUAAUGGUUCUAACCCACUUCCAUAGACUUACACAGUAAUUAUGACAUCCUCCAACCUAUCAGAGCUCCACCCAAUCAAAGGAUCAGAUAAUCUAGUAAUGAAAGCAUAAGCUACAGCUUUCUAGAAUUACAGUGCAUAAAAUGUGGUGAGUAGUUGACUCAAAGAGAGAGAAAGACAAUAGUUGAACAGUUUUGAACAACUUAAUUUCUUCAAAAAUGAAGGAGAUGCAAGAGAGCUAGCUAGCUAUAUUUCGUAGUCCUUUCACUUACUUAGCUAGCGAAUGCAGCUAGCUAGUUUAGCCUACUCAAACACCCGGCUCAUACAGAGAGGGAUGCUAUGUUAGCUAGCUGGCUAUCCAACACUGGAACUCUUCAAAGUCAAGGUAAGCUUUUGGUUGUAUUAAUUUAUUGCCACCGGGGCCCACCGGUGUAACUGCUAAACUGCUUGCUGUACACUAUACUGCAUGAUUGUAGUGGGUUUACGAAUGCGUUAGUUCUAGCUAUGAUGACUAUGACGUUAGCUAAUAUGGUGACAACGAUUGUAGGCUGUGUGUAGCGAUUAGCGGUUAUGGUAUAAAGGUUUGGCUUGGAAAGGUUUUUUCGCCUAGUCACAGACCGCUGUUGUGUUGUGCUGUGCUCUGAAGUCCACAAGCGAAGGGAAAAGGUGAGAGGAGGAGAGCGCGUAGAUGUGAAGUGAUCAUGCUUUUUGUAUGUGGCUUCUAUGAAAGUGAACUGUGCUUGAGGGUGAUCAGGGGUGUAUUCAUUCCACCGAUUCUGUUGAAAAAUGUUUCUUAAACGGAAGCAAACAGGAUGAACCGGGGAUAACAUACCUGAAUCUGUCUUAUAAAAACUCUUGUUUGCAACUGUUGGACUAAUGAUUACACCCUAGAUCUGCUAGAUGCAGGCAAGAGUGUGCAAUGCGGUAUUGAAUGUGUCACUGUCUCGACCUGUGCACCUACCAUGUAAACUUUCAUUCAUCGACUAGGUUUUAGCAACCUCAUGAUGGGUAUAGGGAAAAUGUGAGUAUCAUGUAGUAGCCUAAACCUAUCGAUGUUACAUUGAGCUGGGUGAAUGGAAUAUAAAUUAUAGCCAUCCAAUUUGCUGUAAUAGAAAUAAGGCCAUUCUCAUUAAAACAAAAGUGUCCUCCCUCAUUUUAAACGGCACCGACCGCCACUAAUAUACAUACGCCCACACCAUUGUUGUUGAGGUACGCACACACCAUUCCAACACAGAAAAGCUGGUUUUUAACAUACUUAAAAACGAUUUCACUCAUAUUGCAAUUAAAUGUCAGGCAUAUUUCAUAGAAAUCUGAAAACAUUGGACAGUUACUUUAAGUGUAAGGUCUUGCCUGUGGGUUGAUGGCAAAUGUGUGUUCUGUGUGUCUCAGGUUCGUCCCAGAGGCAGUAAGCACUACAUCCACGUCUGUGGAGGAACUCUCAUCCACAAGAACUGGGUCCUCACCGCUGCUCACUGCUUCCAGAAGUAAGACUUGCCAUUCCGUGAGUGGUAGCACACAACAUUAUUGGACUGAGCUAAAAAUGAAACACUUGUCUCAAAAGGACCAUGGUCUUAGCCCUACAACAUAACUCGGUUUAGACUAGAAAGAACCAAUAAACCUUGAGAAACCACCAUAAAGGACUAGUAGAUUACCUGUGUGUAAUAUGACAGACAGUUACAUUCUGAACCCUGCGUGAACUCAGUUACCCACCAUGCUGUGUGUCUCAGGGGUAAAGCCGAGGAUGCUGGGAGUUGGAGGAUUGUCCUGGGGAAGCACCAGCUGAAACGUUCCGAAACACCCGAGAAGACUAUCCCGGUGAAGAGGAUAUACCGUCACGAGCACUUCCGUUACCCCACGCACAGCGAGCUGGACUACGAUAUCGCCCUGGUCAAGGCUGCCACCGACAUCGUGCCCACCAACCACAUACGCUACGCAUGCCUGCCGCGCAAACAGAUCAAUCUGAAGCCAGGACAAUACUGCUGGGUGACCGGCUGGGGAGACACUCGGGGUAAGGAGGAGGGAUGAUUAAGGGGGAGGAGAGGGGAAGAGGUUGGAUGAAACUAGGGAUAAGGACGGGGAGGAGAGGAGAGGGGGAGAAAGGUGCGGAAGGCUGGAUAGACACACAGGUUAAGGGGGGAUGAAAGGGGGAGGAGAGGGGGAGGCACACAGGGUAAGCAAGGGGAGGCUGAAUGGAGACACUGGGAGAAUCUCAAUUGCAUACUCCUCACGUCCUCUCUCCUUGACCUCCUUUUUAAAAUCCAUUGGAGGAGACGAUCAGAGGGGAGGGACCUCUGGAUUUCUCAUCCAAUUGGUUUUGAAAAGGUGAGGAGCGAGGACGCGAGGAGUAUGCAAUUGAGAUUCUCCCCUAUGACCACGUUAGAACUAUGAUUGUAGACAAAAGAGCAUUGACCAGGGUUGUGUUCAGUAGGCAUGAAACAAGAAUGUUGCCUAAAGGUAAUCCUGUGGUGUGUCCCUGUCUGUGUGCCAGGUGGGAAGGAGAACGUGUCUCUGGCUGAGGCUCUGAACCAGGCCCGUCUGCCCAUCAUCGACAUCAAGACCUGCCGUCAGAAGAAGUUUUGGGGUGACCGUGUCAGGGACUCCAUGAUCUGUGCCGGCUUCAGAGACACAGAAGGACCACCUGCUGCCUGCCAGGUAGAGAGAGGAGGGAGGGGUAGGGAGAGGGAGGGAUGGAAGGAAGGAGGAGACUGAGGAAGGGUGGGACAGAGGGAGGAGUGGGAAAGACGAGUGAGAAAUGGAGGAGGAAGAAUGACAUACUUGUAGUGAGAACACCGAUUGGCUAAUGGCAAACAAGCUGCGUCAACAAUAAACUAAAAGUACAGCUAUCAUGCUCGUAAACAAAUCAGUGUUUAAAAAACACAUUAAUAGAUUGUUUUUUAUAAAUAAUGGUUUGUUGCAUUUAACUGCUGAAAAUGCUGUUAUCGAGGUAAUUUCGUUAAUAGCAGAGUUCAGCAUGUGGGAGAAGUCGGAGCUCAGAGAUCAUAGAUGAUUUCCCCACUAGAAAUUACCAAUUGGAGGGGCAUUCAAGUGGAUUUUUCCCAGUUGCAUGCUGGUAUUUACAAAAGUACGAGAUGUUAUAAACGCAGCAUUAGUAUUAACAUAGUAAUGUGAUCUAACAAUGUUUUAUUCCCCCCCUCUCCUCUUAGGGUGACUCGGGUGGUCCUCUUCUGUGCCAGUUGGGGCAUGACAGGUGGGAGGUGCACGGUGUGGUGAGCUUUGGUCCCAUUGGCUGCACCGUGGAGAACAAGCCCAGUGUGUUCACCCGCACUGCCAAUUACAUCCCUUGGAUCGAGGCUACGCGCAUCAGAGACUUCUUUCUGCACUAG